CCAUAAGAUACUGAUAUAUAAAAAAAUGAUUCAAAAAUUACCAGAACGAUGACGGCCAUAUCGACAUGGAUGGUGGCGGUACGUACCGCGAUGCUCCGUACAGGAACUCCAAAUCCGCGUCCGAUUCCAACCUCUACAACUCAGCCAGCCACCACUCGACACCAUUCCACGCAUUGACGCCGCGCCAUGAGCCUGGUACGUGCCGGGGCUGAUUGCGAGGCCUUACGGAUCUCCAGCCAUGCCUUGAGAAGCCCGCACUGCGUAUGCGACCGCGCAGGGCGUCGUCUCGCGACCCGCGCCAGCUCCCAGUCGAACGUCCGCUCGAUACGACGACGACCCAUCACUCCACGUCUUCCCACGCUCGCACGCUCGCAUGCUCGAUCCUAUUCAUCGAAACCGGGGGUCUGUACUUUCUACCACCACGUGGACUUUUUCAACGCCAAUUACCGGGAGGCCGGCGGGCCCAAGGCCAGCAACUUGCCAGAGGCGCCCCAUAUUGCCGUUGUCGGGGGCGGAUUGACUGGUCUCACGACGGCGUACUUUCUCGCGAAACGACUGGAGAAGCCGGCGCAGAUCACGGUAUACGAGGCAUCCUCGCGAUGGGGAGGGUGGCUGCGCUCGGAGAGGACACCCGUCGACGUGGGAGGCGUCAAGACGCAAGUGCUCUUUGAGCGAGGGCCGCGCUCCAUGUCGACAGCCCAGACGGGCGGGCGGAUGGAUAGGUUCGUCUUGUACCAGCUGCUCAGCGACUUUGGUAUACCGCUCACGCCACUGGAUGGGACGCAACCGCGAUGGAUACUGCACAAUGGUCAGCUGGCAGCGGCGCCGCCUUGCUCGAUCAUUGACGCGCUCAAGAACCCCGUCUUGCGUCAGGUCGCUCUGCCGCUGAUCACCGGCUGGCUCAAGAAUCUCGUCAGGCGCACGCCGUACCCUAGCAAGGACAUGUCCAUCGCCGAGUUCCUCCAGGACAGGUACGGCUCCAAGGUCCUCAGCGAGACGCUCAUGUCCGCCAUUGUGCACGGCGUGUGGGGAGGCAGUGUCCACAAUCUGAGUGCUUGGAGCGUAGCACCACACAUGCUUGGCUGGCCGGCGCCCAUGAGUCGCGACGACGACCUCACGUUCGUCCCUGCCAACGAGUUCCGGCUCUGGCAGAGGGUGGAGUCGGAGAUGGACCAAAUGCAUCUCAUGUCGCUGACCUGCGUCGACAACAGCAGCAUGGUGUCCUUUGAGCAGCACGGCAUGGAAACGCUGUCGCACAUGUUGGUCGAUGCUCUCGAGUCCAUGCCCAACGUCGAGCUCAGGCUCGGCACCCCGGCCACCGACAUUGCCUACCGCGAGAGGGUUGACAAGGUCGUCAUCAACCGCGAGAACGCCAGGCCCUACGACAAGGUCAUAUCCGCUCUCCCCGCCAAGCAGCUGCACAAGGCGACCAAGCAGACCCUCCCUCUGGAGGACUUUACGUCCGUGUCGGUCAUGACGGUCAACAUCUGGUACCCAUACGAGGACAUUAUCCCGAAGGGGCUGGGCUAUCUCAUCCCCGACACUGUCCCGCAAGAAGAUAACCCCGAGCGCGCCCUGGGCGUGUUCUUUGAUUCCGGCGUCGGUGUCGGCGCCGGCCGCGUCGAGGUGCAUGGCGAACGCCUCGCGGAGCGCGGGACCAAGCUCUUCGUCCUCAUGGGCGGCCACUACUUUGACGAGGGCCACCCCAUCCCCACCGAGGAGGAGGCGAUACAGCAAGCCAAGAACCUGCUCGAGCGCCAGCUGGGCAUCCCCAAGGACACACCGUGCCACGCCGUGGCCAACCUCGCCAAGGACUGCCUGCCGCAGCACACCGUCGGCCACGCCGAGCGCAUCACAAAGCUCGACCAGGCGCUGCAGGCCAAGUUCAAGAAUCGCCUCGCGCCCAUUGGCGGCUCCUUCACCAAGCCGGGCGUGGCCGGCGCCCUCCGGGCCGGCUACGAUAUGGCCUUUGACCUCACCUUUGAGUCCUUCCACCUCAAUGGGCUGGAGGCGUAUGGCGUCGAGCAUGCCAUGUCGCCCUCGUUUGUCAAGACCCCCGAUUCUUGUCCCAUACUACUGUACAACGCCCACCAGUCUGCCAACAAGAAGAAGACCGAGUACCUGCGAAAUUCAAGUGGAUUCUCUCCCGGCCAAGAGACAAUCUGGCCAGCAGAUGAAAAGACACUGUCCUCGUUAAGGAAGGAUUAAACAUGUACUAUACUCAAGUUGGCGCUGACAUAGACUACUCAAGUUAGAGAGUAUCCACGGACCAUUGUACGUAGUAGUACCAACGUACGACGAAUCGUCAACA